AUGGGCAUUACAGUAAGUCAUCUCGCUCACCAAAACCAAGGGACCGGAAAGAAUUAUACUCGUACUAUGACAGGAACAACAGAAAAUAUCAGGGACGUUCAUAUCGAUGAACCGCAAAACAUGGACGCAGUGAGUAAGAAAGUUACCGAAUUGAGCUUAAGUGGCUCCUCCGGUUUAAAUGACAGAGAGCUGCCUUCAAGCGAAGGGCCUCUAACAAAGAGGAAGUCAACGCUGUUGUUGCGGGAAGAGGACGAACCUGAAAUGCCGGAGUUGACUGUGGUGGAAACCGCUUUGGAUUCCAAUUCUGUUUCUUCCUCUAGCAGUGAUGAUGACGACGAGGAAUCCCCCACUGGCGCUGCAGAGCCUCAACAAGAUGCUAACGUUAAUGAUAACGCACCCACCCCUUCUUCCCCGACGCAGACACGGCAGCAAAAGCGUAGCAAGAACAGAAGGGAAAGCGAGAGCGGAAUAAAGAGCUCGUUAAUGGUACCUGUGGAAAUCAAGUGGCAGCAAGGUGGCUCGAAAGUUUACGUGACAGGUUCAUUCACUAAAUGGAGGAAGAUGAUCGGUUUGCUGCCUGACUCUGAUAGGAGCGGGUCGUUCCAUGUUAAACUAAGACUACUUCCAGGCACCCACAGGUUUAGAUUUGUAGUGGACAAUGAGAUUAGAGUCAGCGAUUUCUUGCCUACUGCCACUGACCAAAUGGGUAAUUUUGUCAAUUACAUCGAGGUCACACAUCCACAGAAGGAAGCCAUAGACGGGACAAAUAUAUCCAAAAAGGCGUAUUCCAUGAAACCGCCCACUAGCGAUCGGUCCUCAAUUGCACUCCAAAUUGGCAAGGACCCCGACGAUUUCGGUGACGGGUAUACAAGAUUCCAUGAAGAUCUUUCCCCCAAACCUUCUGUCGAGUACACAACGGACAUUCCCGCUGUGUUCACUGACCCAUCCGUUAUGGAGCGGUACUACUACACUUUGGACCGAGAGAAAAACAAGAAUGACACUUCAUGGCUGACGCCGCCCCAAUUACCUCCUCAGUUGGAGAACGUCAUCCUGAAUAAAUACUGUACAACACAGGACCAAGUCAACGAAAACAACUCAGGUGCUCUGCCCAUUCCAAACCAUGUGGUGCUCAACCACUUGAUCACAAGCAGCAUCAAACAUAACACCCUUUGUGUAUCAUCCAUUGUUCGGUACAAACAGAAAUACGUCACACAGAUUCUCUACACCCCCAUAGAGUCCUCAUGA